UUGCUAUUUUCAGACUAUAUACGACCAAUCCAUCCCCACCGAUCAACUCUCCAGCGUGUGUCGCGCAAUAGUUCGAAGAGGCGGCCUUCCCUCAACUGGCGACACAGCUGCUGUCCUUCCUUUCGCGCCUCUCUCCCCCGGUGCAUACCCUGCCUGCAAAAUUGACCGAGGGAAGAGGAAGACCGAGGAAAUCGAGCGCAGUAACUCAGUCUCGCCGCCCCUCUAAUCGUCCUCCGCCCAACGUGCUGCAGCGACAGAAGGCGGCCGACCAUGCUGUGUAAUCCACCGUGAUCCAGCACACUGUCUCAGCUUUGUUGCCCCCCUCCACUAUUCUCGCCCUCUCAUCCCCUAGAGCAAAUUCCGAGGCCAAAACCUCAGCCAAAGUGGCCGGCGUCAAAUUGGUUGGGAGCGAGAAUGACAAAUCAGGACGAGCGUGCGUCUGGCCGCGCUUCCCGUGUCGAGGCACAGCGGCACUCUUGGGCUCCUCGAUGGGCUCGAAACUGGCUGGGGCUGAAAGAAGACGAAGCCACGAGCAAGGGUGAUGCAGAGCGACCAAAGGCAGCACCGGCUCUCGCUGCCCGCAACGUGGCAGAAGCGAAUAUAGAGACAGAGGCCGGACGUGGGAGUGACGAUGCACAGGUGGCCAAGGAAUCAAAGUCUGGGGCUGUGGCCAUUCCAGCUUCAGGCGGCGGCGACAAGAGCAGCGAAUAUGGCGAGCGCGACAACGAAGAUGAAGACGAAGGGGAUGACGAAGACGCCGGCUCGUCCACUUCCACCAAGAAGAGGGCAAGGCGAGAGCACAGAAAGCGUUCCGAGAAAGCGUGGUCAAGCUCGGGUAACGAGGCGCCCCUCUCAUCGUCAUCGCCGCCACGGACGAGCAAGACAAAGAACCUGAAAGCGCUUCUUUCGACAUCGUAUGGCGAGUUCAACGCCGCCCUUUCCACAGCUGCAGCAGGGCGCAAUCAGGCAAGAGCGCCCUCUUCGACCAAGGCAGAUCAUACACCAUCGGGCAGCGAAAGCGAAGACGCCCGUCGGGCGCCUGCUGGGGUCGGUCAGACACUAGGCCAAAGCGUGAGGGCGCUGCAAGAGAGGUAUUCUCUACGCAGGGAAGCCAGCCAGACUUUCAAGACCAUGAGGGAUGGCUCUUCGUCUCACCGACGUUCUAUCUCUUCAUCGAGUGGUGACAAGGUCAGCGCACACUCUGCCGAUGUUCAAGCCUCUGAUCAGUCUGGAGAUGUUCUCAGUGGAUCGGCCACACCAGGAUCCGCGGCUGCCCAACCCGCAGCCGAAGGAAGUGCGAUUGGGGCAGACAUUGUUCCUGAGUCGCUGCGCAAGGGCGAAGCCAUGCUCAAGGUCACCCAAAAGAAAGUCAUGCAGCGCAUCUUUCGUCUCGAUGCUGACCGUGGUCAAAUAUUGUGGGAAAGCAAGAAGAACAAUAAGGUGAACCUUGAGUCCAUUCGAGAGGUCCGUACGGGCGCCGACGCCUCGUCCUGCCGUACCUCGCUCUCCAUCUCAGCGGCGCACGAGCCGCGAUGGAUCUCCAUCAUCUACCAGACCGGUGGCAUUUACAAGGCUCUGCAUCUCAUUGCCCUCUCCGACGAGUCGCUGGGACGGUGGCGAGACACGUUGACGGCCAUGCAAGACCAACGCAAGCUCCUCAUGUCGGGGGUCGACAUGCUCGAUCAGCGCCAGAAUGUAUGGCUGCGACAGCAUUGGAAGGCUGCCGAUGCGUCUCAAGAUGAGAAGCUCGACUUCAACGAGGUGGUACGGCUCUGUCGUCGGUUAGGAAUCGAGAGCUCGCGUAUGGAGCUUCGCGUGCGCUUUACUGAGGCAGACGUCCAUGCCAAGGGCCACCUCGAUUUUGAAGCCUUUCAACGCUUCGUCAAUUUCCUCAAACGGCGAGAAGAUCUCGAGGCAAUCUUUAUCAGGCUUUCCGACAUUACGUUUGACCGUGGCUCAAGCGACGUCGAAGAAGGGACCGCGGCGCACCUGGACCUGGACAGACGCCGAAAAGGGUUGCAGCGCAACGGAAGCACCUGUAGCAUGAGCGAGGCCGCAUUUGCUGAUUUUGUCAGACGCGAACAGGGUCACGAAGAGGUGCGAGACGAUAUCAUGUCAUUGCUCUUCUCCAAGUACCGAGACCUAGAUAAGUCGGCAGUCGUUCUCGACGGCUUCAUCAAUUUCCUCAAAUCAUCGGAAAAUGCAGUCCUCGCCGACAACAACCCGCUGGCCACAUGCAGCAAGUGGCUUAAAAGGAAGGCGCUUCCAACAGCAGAGGAGCAAAAGACGCGGGCCUCAGCACAGACGACUGAAGAACUUCUCGCUGUCGGCUCUCGUGAAGCCCAGCCUUUGAGCGGUGUUUCCGGCGCAGACAAAUUGACGCAGGACAUGACAAAACCCCUGAGCGAGUAUUUUAUCAGCUCGAGCCACAACACGUACCUCGUCGGUGGCCAGUGGAAGGGCGACAGUACCGUUGAGGGCUACAUACGCGCCCUUCAGCAAGGCGCCAGGUCUGUGGAACUCGACUGCUGGGAUGGCGCCAACAACGAGCCUCAAAUCACGCACGGGCGAACGCUUACGAGCAAGGUUCCUUUUCGCGAUGUCAUCGUCGCCAUCGGCCGUUAUGCAUUUGUUGCUUCGCCCUACCCGUUGAUCCUCUCACUCGAGGUUCACAACGAUCUUGCCCAGCAAGACGUCAUUGCUCAGAUUCUUAAGACGACCCUAGGCGAUAAGCUUCUGACAGCGAAGCUCGCCAAUCGCGAUGGAAUGAGUGACUUGCCAAGUCCAGAAGAGCUAAAGGGAAAGAUUCUCGUCAAGGCCAAAAAUCUCUUCCUCGUGGACCCCGAUCGUGAAUCAAGCGACGUCGUUAAGGAAGCCGUUUUGGCCGAUGCGGGCUCUUCCUCGGCGACGAACACUGCCGAUUCCGACAGCGACAACCUUCUUUCGCAAGGACGCAAUCUGGUCCGCUCUGUGGCGGCUAAGCGGAGGCAUGCUCAGGAAGCCAAAACGGACCUCUAUGGCUCCACCACGAAGGGCGCGAGCGGUGCGCAAAACAAGAUGCUGAUGUCCACUGCUCUUGCCUCACUCCUCGUCUAUACUGUUGGUGUUAAGCACCGAGGCAUCAACAAGAAAGAAAAGUACGCAGUCGAGCACAUGAUCUCCAUCUCUGAAAAAACGGCCAUCAAGUACGCUCGAAGCGCGCCCGAGGACCUCGCAAAGCACAAUCUCGACCACUUGACCCGUGUCUAUCCGAGCAUGUCGAGCAUCGCCCGGCUCCAUGCGAGCGCAAAUUUUUUGCCGUUGCACAUGUGGGCGACCGGCUGUCAGCUGGUCGCUCUCAACUGGCAGACCCUGGACUUUGGCUUCGAGAUGAACCAAGCACUCUUUUCGCGAAACGGUCGGUGUGGCUACGUGCUAAAGCCUCACGCGCUGCGGAACCGAGACGAUCUCAAAAACUUUGGUGGUGCUCGGCUGCGUUUGGCGCUGGAUGUCACAGUCGUGUCCGCCCAGCAAUUGCCCCGAUUCCGGGAUGCUGCCAAGGAUAAGGAGUGUGAGGAUGGCGACGUCAUCGACCCGUUCGUUGCCAUCUCUUUGAGCUUGCCCGAUAGCUGGGGAAGGCAAACAACCAAGGCUUCUGUCUCCGGCAGUAGACCCUCAAAUGCUCGAGACGCUGAGUCGAUGGGCAUCAAGGCACUCAUCAAGGAAGCCUACAGCUCUUCGCCACAAAUGCCUACGGUUCCGCUCGCUGGCGUGACUUCCGAAGAGGUGCCGAUUGCUACUGCUCCCAAGCACUCCAAUCCGUCGAGCUCAACCCCAACGAACGUUCCUCCAUCCCGAACCAUCUCCAGGGCCCGGACUUAUACCAUCUAUGGGAAUGGCUUCAACCCGAUCUGGGAUCAGACUCUGUCAAUCGAGUUCGAGGUUCCAGCCGGCUCUUCGGUCGCCUGUCAGCUCCUUAGAGAGAGUCUCGAGGCAGAGCUCACCAACAGCCGGGGCUCAAUCGCCCUGGACUCGGUACAACAGACAGAGACGCUUACACGAGGCUUGCUUGAUCUCGUAUUCGUCCGCUUUGAGGUGUGCGAAGACGACUCGUCGCCGGCAAGCUCGACUGCUAGUUCCAGCACGGCCGAUGUCACAGCCGAGACGGGCGCAGGCAGUAGUGAGGCAGGCGCUGGGAGUGGUGGCCCAUCCGAAGCUGCUACCAAUCCAUCUUCGACACUGUCGUCGACAUCCUCUUCAACGACGACAUUGGCUGCAUAUACAAUUCCGCUCGGCUCGAUGCAGCGCGGGUACAGGCAUUUGCCCUUGCACGACGCCCAGCUGUCUCAGUACCUCUUCUCGACACUCUUUAUUCGGAGCCGACUCCGGUUCCUCGGCAUGGCAAACGGACCGGCUCCGGCCUUGAAGACGUCGACAACAUUUUGAUCUCACUAUCUAAUGGCCUGCCUCUUUGUACAAAUAUCGCUUCCUCUGCUUCUCGCUCUUCAAAAUUCCUCUCCCUACUUACAUGCUGUAUUAAUUACCCAAUAAUCACACCUCAAGAAGAU